CAGCUCAGCUCAGCUCAACUCAAAACUCUUUUGUUUAAUUUGUAUUAGUUUUUUGGGAGGGGGGGGGUGGGGUUGGGGUGAAGCCGAGCGAAGCAUAAUAACAUGGCCUCCGCCGCAUCAGCCUCGCCGUUCCUGGGAACCCGGCUCGCGGAGCCGGUUCAGACCCGGGGCCGGUUCGCGGCGCGGUUCGGGUUCGGAAAGAAGAAAUCGGCCCCGAAAAAGAAAGCCACGUCGGGGGGCACGGACCGGCCGCUGUGGUACCCGGGCGCGAAGGCGCCGGAGUGGCUGGACGGCUCGCUGGUCGGCGACUACGGCUUCGACCCCUUCGGCCUGGGCAAGCCGGCCGAGUACUUGCAGUUCGAGCUGGAUUCGCUGGACCAGAAUUUGGCCAAGAACUCGGCCGGCGACGUCAUCGGCACGCGUUCCGAGACCGCCGACGUCAAGUCGACGCCCUUCCAGCCCUACAGCGAGGUCUUCGGCCUGCAGCGCUUCCGCGAGUGCGAGCUCAUCCACGGCCGCUGGGCCAUGCUCGCCACCCUCGGCGCCCUUGCCGUCGAGUCCCUCACCGGCGUCACCUGGCAGGACGCCGGCAAGGUUGAGUUGGUGGAUGGAUCUUCGUACCUCGGCCUCCCUCUUCCUUUCUCCAUCACUACGCUGAUAUGGAUCGAGGUUCUGGUCAUCGGGUACAUCGAGUUCCAGCGGAACGCCGAGCUGGACCCCGAGAAGAGGCUGUAUCCCGGGGGGAAGUACUUCGACCCGCUGGGCCUCGCCUCCGACCCGGAGAAGAAGGAAACCUUGCAGCUGGCCGAGAUCAAGCACGCCCGCCUCGCCAUGGUCGCCUUCCUGGGCUUCGCCGUCCAAGCCGCCGUCACCGGCAAGGGCCCGCUAAACAACUGGGCUACUCACCUCAGUGACCCCCUCCACACCACCAUCUUCGACACCUUCUCCUCCUCCUCCUCCUCCUCUUCCUAAAUGCAUUGUGUCCUACGGUUACCGUACUAGCUUGAUCUCAUUGUGAUCUCUCUCUCUUGGAGUACAUAGUCCACUCAAAACUGGAUUAAUUUGUGAGGAUAUGAAGUUAAUUAUUAGAGGAGUACUGUGUGAUCGAUUAAUGAUCUCCGUCAUCUUGUAAAAAAUGUUAUGUUUUUACUUGGAACGCUUUUACCAGCUUUAAAUUAACUAUUAUUACCUGAUUAA